GUCAGUGAGGUGAUACGUCACUUCCGCCCAAUAUGGCCAUACAUCGAACCUUCAACAAAAACAAAAUCACAAGACAAGAUGAAUAACCAGUUUGUUACCAACCCAACAGAGCAAUCUCUCGUCUGCAGAAGAGGACAGUUUCCUGCAGGAAGUCGAUUGAUAGAAGACCUUCAACAAAAACAUCGAAUGAAUAUGAAGAAUGACGAGAGAAAUCUGGCCUGGUGGAGAAGUCCGGACAUCUUAGAGUACGAUUCCAUAAAUAUGUUUAAUUGCGCACCUGAUGCUCUGAGUUUUGACAAGUCACAAACAUCAUGCAUUGAUUGGUCGAAAAUGCAAGUAGCUGAUUGGUUGAUUCAAAAUGGCUAUGAAAGGUAUCGGAAAAUGUUUAACAAUUUAAACAUAGAUGGUAAAAAGUUGGCUCAGUUGGACGCUAAUGAUAUGCGUCGUAUGGGGGUCAGAUCUUGGGCGGACUGCCAGGGACUUGCUCAAGCUGUCCAGGUGUACACACGCAGGAGGACUCUCAAUCCAGAGGACUAUCAGAACAAGAUUUACCCUUAUUAUCCAGAGCUGUACGUGGAUGAGCAGAUAACUCCAACAGAUUUCCAGCAGCAGCAGAGUAUCCCUCCAAAACAAAAGACAAUGUUCAGAACUAUUUACAAAGCCUCGGGAGACAAUUUUUAUUUCUACGAUAAAAGGAACUAAUCAUUCGUGGAAACAGAUUACUCUUUAUUGUCUCCCUUUAUAAAGGUUGUGGAAACAGUUCAAUGGUUCUGGUCUCAGUAUUUCUAAAAACCAAAACCAAAAUAAAAUAUUUUUUGAAGACAUCUUGGAAGGUACAAAUAAAACUGUUAUGUAAUGCAUACGUUUAUUUGAGCGACUUUGUAUAGGCUUAUUCAGUAAAAUCUUCUUAUGUGAAUAUCAUAUCAUAUAUAAAUAAAUUUACAUAGGCCUACUGUUUGUUUUAUCUGGGGAUUUGGUAAAAAAUCUAAAGGCAGAAAAAUCUUCAUUUUAGGGUAAGAAUUAAGGUUUCGGGUUAUUUUCAGCCUUAGCGCUUUAUUGGAAUAAACGCUUGCACCCCACA